GGAGGGAGUAUAUUGUUACUUUUAUGGAAUUUAACAAAGAGCCUGACCGUAGUGGAGUCUCCACUCAAAAUGCCUUACUUUCAUAUACUCUUCACUCUCAUCCACGUUCGUUACUUUCAAGAAGAUGAGAGAAAGAGGUGAUGAAGCAGAACGUGUAGAGCAGGCGAGGAUUCCUUUACUGAGGGAUCAAUAUGAAGAAGGAGACAUAAAGAGAGAGACAUGGAUGGAAACAAAGAAGCUAUGGCGUAUCGUUGGACCGGCCAUAUUCACUAGAUUCUCGACCUUUUCGAUCUUCGUCAUCGCUCAGGCCUUUGCCGGCCACCUAGGGGAGCUUGAACUCGCCUCCAUCUCCAUCGUCCACAACGUCAUCAUUGGCUUUAACAUCGGGCUCCUUCUAGGAAUGGCGAGUGCGUUGGAAACACUGUGUGGGCAAGCGUUUGGAGCAAAGAAGUAUGACAUGUUGGGAGUGUAUAUGCAGCGAUCUUGGAUAGUUCUCUUCUUGUUCUGCACCUUGCUCCUUCCCAUGUACUUGUUUGCCUCUCCGAUUCUCAAAUUCCUUGGCCAGCCUGAAGAUAUUGCUGAGCUAUCCGGUACCAUCGCCGUCUGGACUAUUCCUACUCAUUUUGCGUUUGCCUUCUAUUUUCCUCUCAGCCGAUUCUUCCAGUGCCAGCUCAAGAAUAGGGUGGUUGCAAUUUCUUCCGGAGUGGCACUUGUAGUUCACAUAUUCGUGUGCUGGCUUUUUGUGUACGGUCUUAAACUCGGAGUCGUAGGGACAAUGGCUACUGUUAGCGUGUCAUGGUGGCUCAAUGUUUUCAUCCUAUUUGCUUAUGCCACAUGCGGCCGUUGUCCGCUCACUUGGACUGGUUUCUCCCUCGAAGCUUUCGUUAAACUAUGGGAAUUCGCUAAGCUUUCUGCGUCCUCUGGAAUCAUGCUUUGCUUGGAGUAUUGGUAUUAUAGGAUUCUAAUAAUGAUGACUGGAAAUCUGAAGGAUACAAAAAUUGCUGUCGAUUCUUUGUCUAUAUGCAUGUCAGUAAAUGGUUUGGAGAUGAUGGUACCACUCGCUUUCUUUGCCGGGACUGGCGUGCGAGUUGCGAAUGAGUUAGGCGCAGGCAAUGGAAGAGGAGCAAGAUUUGCAAUGAUCAUAUCAGUGACAGAAUCACUAAUCAUCGGAAUAAUACUAUCGGUGCUUGUAAUAUUUCUUCAUGAUCAAAUCGGCUGGAUUUUCUCUUCAAGUGACACUAUCAUACAAGCAGUUAAUGAUCUCUCUAUUCUUCUAGCCUUAACGAUCCUUCUCAACAGUAUCCAACCGGUUCUCUCCGGUGUUGCUGUUGGUUCUGGAUGGCAAUCGUUCGUGGCAUAUGUAAAUUUAGGAUGCUAUUAUUUCGUUGGACUUCCACUCGGAUUUUUCAUGGGAUGGAUGUUCAAGUCUGGUGUCAAGGGCAUUUGGGCUGGUAUGAUACUCGGAGGAACCGGUAUUCAAACACUGAUAUUAAUUUUUAUUGUUACGAGGUGUGACUGGGAAAAAGAGGCACAUAAAGCAAGUGUGCACGUUAAGAAAUGGUCCGUCUCGAACUCAAGAAACUAAAGAUUGUAUUAGCUAUAAAUUAAACAAGCACACAUUCCAAAUAUUUAUAGAUCAUGUCGGAUGAGAACACAUAUUUUGCGUAUCAUUUCAGUGUUUCAAUUAAUCUGCAUGAUUAGUCUAUUGAAAUGGGCAAAUGAGUGUAUGAUAUGAACAUGGUUCGGAACUUCAGAUUUGUAUCAAUGACCAAUCUGUUUCCUUUACGAAUUACACAAUAAUAACAUAACACGAAUAACAGUCUC